UACAACAGUAUGUCCAUCCACAUAACAUUUCUGUCAAAGGAAUCAAGUUCAAACUCACCUUUCAUACCUACAAUCUUGCCAUGCAGCUCAUGGCUCAACUUGAAAGCGGGAAAAAAGUAGAUGAAACAUUGACAAUGGAUUCACUAAUAGAAGCCAUGGCGCCUGUGACCGCUGUAUCGAGUAAUCAUCUUCAUGAACUUCUUAAACACCUUGACAACUUUCACCGAUUCRUUCCCAACAAAAAACUGAUUGUUUACGAUCUWGGGCUCACUCRGWACGAUGUCYWWACUUUAARGRGGAUAGAUUACGUCGAGUACAGAAAUUUUGAUUUCUCUGUAUAUCCUAAACAUGUUAGAAACUUAAACUCGUACGCAUGGAAACCGCUUAUUAUCCAGCAAAUACUGGCAGAGCAAGGAGGAGCAUUGUGGAUGGAUUCUAGCGUGAAAAUCAAAAAGCCAUACAAUAAAGUACUUGAACGAAUGGUGAACAGCAGCUCUGGAUUUCUUUUUUACUUGCAUCCCGUUGGCCAUAGCAUAUUAUCUGCUACCCAUUCAAAGAUGUUUGAAUAUUUGCCAAUGAACAACUUGAACGAUAUGAAGUUGAAUCAGUUCCAAGCAACAGGAUUUAUAGUUUUUAACACCCCGCAAAUCCGUAAGCUAAUUUUUAAAUGGGCGAUACUGUGUAGCCUUGUUGAAGAUUGCAUCAUACCCAAAGGAUCCACAAAGUCUUGUGGUCCUAAAUUUCCAAAAGAACCAGCUAGCGGUUGUCACCGGUAUGAUCAGUCAAUGUUUUCUAUUCUGACAAGGAAUGAAUUCGGCCCCGAAACUAAGAGAUAUGUAAUACCUGAGAAGUUAGAGUAUGCAGAUGUCAACAGGCUGGGUCUUACUUUCUAUCGAAAAGUGGCUAUUUUUUUCCAAUCAUUGUUCUGAGCUAGAUAAAACUAUUCCUACACUUCAGACUGCACGGGUACAGGUCACAGCAGGCCUUUAGUCUGUACAAAGCAUAAAAUGAAAAGCCCCAUGGAGCAAGACAACACUUUUUUAAAGUGGCUUUGUACAAAAUCCUUACCAGGGGUGUCAAAACAAUUGAACAUAGAAGAUAGCAUCAUAAAAGAUUUAAAUCCUGA